AUGACGCACAAGCGAAGACGCCCGGUCCAACGCGAUGCGGAGACAGCGAGUCUCAAUCAGCCUCCGCCGAAGAAGAGAAGGAUUACCCGCUACCAGGCCAAAGCAACGGCGGUUGAGCAAUUAAGCAGUCCACCCUGCCAACGCACUCGUAUCACGCUCCGCCUUCGACAGGGACGGUACGGAGGGUUGAACGAUACAGGGAGGGCAAAGCGGAGUGCCGCGGGGCGAGACGCGCGCUGUGGUGGUCUGGACCAGGACGAUACCGCAAAGAAAGAAGCUAUCCGCCAGGACUGGCUACGCAGGCUUCGCCCCUGGCCUACUCGGGCCAAAUAG